AUGUUUCUAGAAGCUCGUAGUAACCCUGCUGUCAUUCAGCGAUUGUCUGAUACGAGCCGCUUUCUGCUGCCCUUGCCUGACCAGAUGUUAUCCGAGACUCUGCUCCAGACCGCACAAUGGUUUAUCCCCAAUCAUGCGGUGUCUGAGGAAUGUCGGAACCACAGCACCUCCUUGCUGGAUGGCUUGAUGCAUGGUGACAGCACAGCAUUAGAAUUGGUUGACGCUGCUGGGAAGCUGGGAUCGGGACUACUAGACUUUAAGAAAUACAUCUCUGGAAACUACCGGCAAUGUCUUCAAGUAAAGGAUGCCACAAGGAAUUUCAUAGGAAAAUACUGCACAGUGUGUACAAGAGGAUCCAUAUAUCAUGAUAAAAAGUUUAACGCCAGAGUAAUGCAUCGGUUCGAUCUUGAGUACACUCUUUGUGUACCGUCUAGCUGCUCAGAGACGGAUGUGGCAGUUCACGUUGGUACCAAUUUGGCAGAGAUCAAUGCCACUGUAAUACAUGACGUAAUUUGUUCAACUGCGCAACCACGUACUUUCCGAGUUAAAGAUUACUUUGCAAUGUCAUUUUUCACUUUCCUCGCACUUCUUGUAGCUACAAGCACAUUCUACUGCAGCAGGAACCAAAAUAACCCAGUGUUCAAAGCGUUCUCUCUCGCAAACAACUUCCAGAUCCUGAUGGACACAAGAAGUUCAGAUGAUGAGAUAUCUUGCAUGAAUGGGCUCAGGAUCAUUUUCAUAAUGUUAGUUGUAUUUCUUCAUCGAUCCAAUACAUUACUGGAGAUUUAUUCCAAAUUUAAUGUUAGAGACAUGUAUGAAGUUUUUUAUGGAUUUAUACCAGUGGUACAUGAGUUGUGUAUUCCUGCAGUAAACGGUUUCUUCCUAAUUAGUGGAAUUCUGUUGGCUUACAACUUCCUCCGGAAGUCUCUAAACAAUAUCCAAUUUAAAGUUUUUCGUUUUUAUACAGUAAGAUAUGUGAGGUUAAUUCCUAUGUUGGCCUGUAUAAUACUAUACUAUUCUACUCUCCUGAUACACCAAGGGCAGGGGCCGCUAUGGUACUCAAUGGUAAAAGAAGAAGGCAAUUGUAAUGCAAACUGGUGGGCUGGGUUUCUUCACGCUACAAACUACAUCAAGCGUAAGAAACUUUUCAUUGUGAAUCUUGCUUGUCUACUCAUCACAGACACUCCAGCCAAAAACAUCUGGCUUGUCAAUCAGCUGGCCACAGCCUGGUAA